AUGGCUCGACUGACAAAAUACUUAAAAUUUUUAUUCCACGUCAUUAUUUUGGUCCUAAUCAACUACUUUAUUAAGAAUCAGAAACACAUCAAGAUUGAGAAAAGGAUUGAGCGAUAUAUACCGGACAUGAAGCAUAUACUUAUGUGGACAAAACUUUCAAAUGUUGAAGUAGAAGGGCAACGAUAUUUUAUAACUCAUAAUUGUCAUCUUAUAAAUUGUUACUUCACGUCAAACCGAAGCUUCUUUAUGGACCUCAGGUACUUCGAUGCAAUUGUCUUCAAUGUCCAAGACGUCAGCAGACAAUCUAGUGAUUUACCAGAAGUGAGAAGUAUAGUUCAGAAGUAUAUAUUUGCGGCGAACGAUUCUUCUGACAAUUAUCCUGUAUGUAGUCCUGUUUAUGACUAUUACUUCAACUGGACCUGGACUUACAAGCGUGACUCAUCCAUCCCCUAUAAAUUUAUCAGCGUCUACAACAUCCACAAUGAAGAACUCGGUAACAACAUUCUUUGGGACAAUUUUGAAACGGUACCAGUUUCCAAGCAGUUCAAAAGUUCUUUAAGUUCAAAAUCUGCUGCCGCUGCUAUUUAUCUUGACAAAUGUAUUACUUCUGGCAAGAGAGAAAUAUUUUUAAAGAAUUUGAAGAUAUGUCUAGCAACGUAUAAUCUUACUCUCGAUGUAUUUGGUCCUUGUGGUACCAUGAAGUGUGGAAGGACCUCGUUGAAGUCUUGCUACUAUAGAAUAAGAACUACCUACUACUUCUAUCUAGCUCUAGAAGAUUCUAUAGCAGAUGACUAUAUCACCAAAACUGUCCUGUUCGGUUAUAAUAAUCUUGCUGUGCCUGUUGUGCUGGGAGGAGCUGAAUACAACAGGUUUCUACCCCCAUACUCCUAUAUAGAUGCAAAGCUGUUAGGAGAAGAGCUCACAGCAAAACUGAUGUACGAAGCGAUUCAAAAUAAGACAAAGUACUAUGAAUUCUUCAACUGGAGAAACCACUACACCAUUAAGGAGUCAAAUGUCCUCGAUGCAUGCAGCCUCUGCCAGUUCCUCAACAAUGAAGGCUGGUUGAAGACCGGGACGGUUUAUACAACGUUUAGAAAUUGGUGGAACCCAUUCUAUACUGAGCGUUGUCACCGUUUCGGACUGACAGCGAAAUUCCAAUUUUGA